AUGGCGCUACCUCCUCGUCUCCUUCUGGUGGCCCUUCUCCUCGUCGCCCUCACCGGAGAGGCGGACGCCGUGGAGUCUCUGGGGUUGCCGCCGCCAACUCCGUACCUCGCCGGCAAGACCGCGCAAGACUUCCGGCACGGCGCGAACUUCGCGGUGGGCGGCGCGACGGCGCUUGACCCGGCGUUCCUGCAGAGCAGAGGGAUCACAUCCUUCGUGCCGGUCGCUCUCAGCAACCAGACGAGCUGGUUCAACGGUGUUUUGCAGCUUCUCGACUCCACUGGCAACGGGCAGCGCAAGAUCAUGGCGAGCUCCCUCUUGUACCUGGGAGAGAUCGGAUUCAACGACUACUCUUUCGUCGCCGUCUUCGGCAACGGCACCGUGGGCCUGGCGCAGAGCCUGGUGCCGCACAUCGUCGGCGCCAUCCGUUCAGUCCUGACCGACGCGAUCGGUGUUGGAGCGCGGACGAUGGUGGUGGCGGGGAUGAUACCGAUGGGCUGCGAGCCGGAGCUGCUGGCCAUGCUACCCGGCGGCGGGGGCGACUACUACGACCGGGCGUCCGGCUGCAUCGCGCGGUUCAACCAGCUCGCCCAGCUGCACAACCGCGCGCUGAAGCGCAUGCUCUGUCAGCUCCGGCGAGACCACCCCGGCACGGCCAUCCACUACGCCGACCUGUACCGCCCCAUCACCGCGGUCGUAUCCUCGCCCAGAAAAUACGGUGCUGCAUGUCACAGCCUUUCCUCUCUCCAGUUGAUCCGCAUGCCAUCGGCUUCGGUUCUAACUAAUGUAUGGUUUUCCUUGGCGCGCAUGGCAUGUAUAUCUGUGGCAGGCUUCGGCGACAUACCCUUGGCAGCGUGCUGCGGCGGCGGCGGCGGGCCGUACAACUUCAACUUCACCUUCUUCUGCGGCACUCCGGCGGCAACCGCGUGCGCCGACCCGUCGAGCGACAAUGUCGACUACUGCAAUGAAAUGGUGUGCAGCGGGGAUGUGGUCGGGCCCAACAAUUGCACGGGCCUCAUACUCUACGGAUUCAAUGUCACGAGGAGGGCGUCAGCCAACUCAACCAACUCAUCCAGGAAGACAUCGUACCGGCCCCAGAGUUCCUCAACUCCAUUAUCCAGAGAUGGAGGGUCGUGGACCUCCAACUCAAAACCGAAGAGUCAUGGCUCAGGCAUAGUCCCUAGGGCGAUGGGGGUGGGAGGCACGUGCUCUGGUACGACUGGGUCGGGCGCAGGCUGUAGGGUGAUGGGGGCAGGCUCUAGCACGAUGGUGCUGGAUGACGCAGGCUUUGACACAAGAUUUGCUGGGGUAUAUAUGGUACCUCUCGCCGGGAAUGGGUGCCUUGAUAGCCGAACAAGCACCUUAGGAAUGGCUCUACUUGAUAGUGGAUGCAAGCGGGCCAUCGUCCUGGCCAUGGUCGUCAUGCACAUCCAAAAACAAUAA